CUUCACCAUCAGAAAGACCUUUAUCAUCGGAGUCGUCAUGACAUCUACGCUUGCAUCAGCCUGCGCAAAAUCGACGAGGGCACUCAUUGCGGCAGGUGUUCCCAGGUACUCUUUCAAGGCGACCGCGCUGGUUGUGCUACCCGUGGCACUGUGCACCACACUCCUUUGUUGGACGGCGCUGUUCUUCGCGUACCUCAGCGAAUAUGAGGAACUCGCACCGCGAUCAUCCGCCCUCGCCAUUCGUGACGUAAUGCAAGCGAAACUGUGCAGCAUGGGCAAGAUCGAGUUACAGGAACGCUUCUGCUUCGCCAUUUGCUUGGUUACCACGAUCGCUUGCGCUGUCAUACUAUUCACCAGCAAAGCCGAGUUGGUGACCUGCGUGACGCUGGCUGCAUUCGCACUGGUGUUCGGUGUUCCCACCAUCAGCGGCGUGCCCCUGCGAGACGUGGUCGCCCAGCUGCCCUGGAACAUCAUCCUCAUCCACGGCGGCAGCCGCUGGCUAUCGGCUGCGCUGAGGGACUCAGGGCUGGCAGUGUGGUUGGUGAGCAGCUACACGAACGAGCGAUUUCGCGACAUGACGGGCACGUGGCAGCUGUUGGUGUUGUUGGCCGUGGCCUCGCUCGUCAACGAGGGCGGAGAGCAGCCUGGCAUGCUCACCGCUCAGCUGGUACCAAUCGUCUCGGAUAUGGGAGUCGAAGUGCAUCGCAAUCCACUGUUCUUCGCCAUCCCCGUGGCCGCAACCUGUUACUUGCCCGUGAUCACGCCCAUCGCGCACCUCGGACUUGUGUUCGUCUACGAGCACACCACCGCCAACGUCGGCGAGAUGGUGCUGCUCGGCCUUUUCCUCAAGGUAGUGACGACAACCGCUUUCACUUUGACCUCCUGCACUUACUUCUUGUUCUACACGAUGCCUACAAAUGAGACAUUGACUACGUUCAUCACUGACUGACCGGCGCGUGUAUCAUUCGGUAACCCACGAAGGCAACGAAAGAACUCGAUAGCCUCUUUUUGUGCGUGUAUGUGACUUGCCUUCUUGGUUGACUCGUGUAUUUGUUUUGCCAACAUUAUCUACGAAAACUUGCCGUGACGAGUACGUUAAAUAUCGCUUGAGAAACAGGCGUACACGAAAGAAUGCUGACUAAUACGCAGCUAUGUGCGUGCUUUUUUUUUAAAGAACUGUUUUCAAAUUAUGUUUAGUCAAGGCGACGCACAAUGCAAGUGUGUACAAGGUACCUAGCCAGACGUCGUCCACACUGACAAGACCGACCUCUCCUUCUUUGUUGCACGUGUGACUUCGUGCUACGUACUCUGAAGAAAUGGAACCGCUGGAAACGCCCUGAUUUCCGCAUUGAUGACGGUUAAAUAUUUUUUUCGUUACCCUUAAAGGGCACAUAGUGGGGUACGUUUU